CCUGGAAUGCAGGAGGCAGGACUUGCUUUUCUGGGCAGACGUUCAUCCUGUAUUAGCGCCUGUGUGCCCGGCUGGGUAUAUACUGAGGAGUAAAACUUUGCUCCUGCUCUUACGGAGAGUGUAAACCACUGGAGAGAUGUGGAAGAAAUAAUUUUAGUGGAGUAAGAACUGAUUUGGGUCCCUCACCAGCAGCGCUUGGCUUGGUGAAACCUACCCCGCAGGGAGCGGAACCUAAGUGCCGAAAGGUUGAGUUUCCGGGGUGGUGGGCCCACUAGAGCGGCGCACUGUCAAGAUGGCGGCUGGGCAGCGGAAACGCGGCCGGGCUGGUUCCGCGGCCCCGCAGGCCGGAUUCUACAAACAAUGGCUACAGCGCGCCUGGCAAGAUCGGUGCCUACUGCUGCGGGAGCCGCGCUACACGCUGCAGGUGGCCUCCUGCCUCUGCCUGGCGGAGGUGGGCAUCACCUUCUGGGUCAUUCACAGGGUGGCAUACACAGAGAUUGACUGGAAGGCCUACAUGGCCCAGGUAGAAGGCGUCAUUAAUGGCACAUAUGACUAUACACAGCUGCAGGGUGACACUGGACCACUUGUCUACCCUGCUGGCUUUGUGUACAUCUUCAUGGGGCUGUACUAUGCCACUGGCCGGGGCACUGACAUUCGCAUGGCCCAGAACAUCUUUGCUGUGCUCUACCUGGCCACAUUGCUGCUUGUUUUCUUGAUCUACCACCAAACCUGCAAGGUGCCGCCCUUUGUCUUUUUCUUCAUGUGCCUCACCUCUUACCGUGUCCACUCCAUCUUUGUGCUGCGGCUCUUCAACGAUCCUGUGGCCAUGGCUCUGCUCUUCCUCAGCAUCAACCUGUUCCUGGCCCAGCGCUGGGGCUGGGGCUGCUGCUUUUUCAGCCUGGCAGUCUCUGUGAAGAUGAAUGUGCUGCUCUUUGCCCCUGGGUUGCUGUUCCUUCUCCUCACGAAGUUCGGCUUCCAUAGUGCCCUCCCCAAGCUGGGCAUCUGUGCUGGCCUUCAGGUGGUGCUGGGGCUGCCCUUCCUCCUGGAGAACCCCAUUGGCUACCUGUCUCGCUCCUUUGACCUCGGCCGCCAGUUUCUCUUCCGGUGGACAGUGAACUGGCGCUUCCUCCCGGAGGCGCUCUUCCUGCAUCGCGCCUUCCACCUGGCACUGCUGGCUGCCCACCUCACCCUGCUCUUGCUGUUUGCCCUCUGCAGGUGGCACAGCUUGCUUCCCCCCAGGAUGGGAGAAAGUAUCCUGUCGCUGCUGAAGGACCCCUCCAAAAGGAAGGUCCCACCCCGGCCCCUCACACCCAAUCAGAUUGUGUCUACCCUCUUCACCUCCAACUUCAUCGGCAUCUGCUUCAGCCGCUCCCUCCACUACCAGUUCUACGUCUGGUACUUCCACACACUGCCCUACCUCCUGUGGGCCACACCUGCGGGCUGGCUCACACACCUGCUCAGGUUGCUGGUGCUCGGGCUCAUUGAGCUCUCCUGGAACACGUACCCCGCCACGUCCUGCAGCUCUGCCGCCCUGCACGCCUGCCAUGCCAUCAUCCUGCUGCAGCUCUGGCUGGGGCCGCAGCCUUUCCCCAAGAGCGGCCGGCAGGGCAGGAAGGCCCACUGAGACCAGGGGAUGGGCUCUGGGCCCUUCUCCAUAAACCUUGCCAUAUGCCCCUUUGUGCAGCCUGCAUGGGGCAGGGGUGGAUGGUGCCUGGCCCAGCUGUGAGGGGGACCCGGCUGAUAAAGAACUUGGCACUCUGGGAGGCCAAGGCAGAAGGAUCACAAGUUCAAGCCCAUCCUGGGUAACUUAGUGACUUAGGCCCUGUGGCAAAAUAAAAAGGGCCAGGACGUAGCUCAGAAUGAAGACCUGGGGUUCCCCUCCAGUGCUGUGAAAGCUAAAUUAGGAUAAAGCCUCACUUGGGGGAUUGGUCA